AUGGAGUCCUCACUCUCGUACCACGAACCAUCUGUCGUUAUUAUUGCCAUUCUAUCUGGCUUCCUCCUGUUGACCAAUGUGGUCAAUUAUGGGUUAGACAAGAUUGCCUACUGUGGUCUCAUUGGUCAAGUUGCCAUUGGCAUGGCUUGGGGCACACCGGGUGGAAAGCUACUUGAUAGCGAUAUAGAGAAUGCAGUGAUGCAAUUGGGCUAUCUCGGUCUAAUCCUUCUGGUUUUUGAAGGUGGGUUGGCAACAUCAUUUAAGACCUUGAAAGCCAAUAUUGUCCUCUCGUCCGGUGUGGCCCUCACUGGAAUUGCUGUCCCGAUGGGAUUUUCGUUUCUACUGCAAUCCAUGGUCGGCGCCUCAUCGCUGCAAGCGUUUGCUGCUGGGGCUGCUCUUUGUUCAACCAGCCUCGGAACAACUUUUACCAUCUUAGGAACCAGCGGUCUUUCAUCUACUCGCUUGGGUGUUGUAUUGACAAGUGCAGCUAUGAUGGAUGAUGUUGUGGGGUUGAUAAUGGUCCAGAUUGUUGGUGGCUUCAGUGCCGUUACUGUUGUCCGACCGAUCAUGGUCUCCAUGGCCUUUGCACUCCUUGUCCCUAUUGUCUGCAGGUUUGUUGUUAUCCCCGUCACGCUCAUGUUAAACCACAUACGGGUUUCGAAUUCAACUUCAAACCUUGCUCUUCUCCUCCAACGGCCACAGACCGCUCUUGUCACACACACCAUGCUGCUUCUGGGGCUAGUAAUCGGAGGAACUUAUUCGGGGACUUCAAGCCUUUUAGCAGCAUAUAUCGCUGGAGCUGCAAUCAGCUGGUGGGAUUCAGAAAUUGGUCACCCCAAUCCAGCACUAGAAACAAACUCCAUUGGUGAUAGCGAAGUCAACUCUGCGACCCAAUCAACAUCAGGCGAGGAUCAAAGUCAACCAGAAAACCCCAUCAGCCAGCCCGUGAGCGAGGGGAACAGCAACACGUCAGGGAUGAGUAUAUACGAGACGUACUACCGCCCUGCUGUCGAACACGUCCUCAAACCAUUUUUCUUUGCCUCUAUCGGAUUUUCUAUACCAAUCACUAAGAUGUUUUCCGGGUCCAUCAUAUGGAGAGGGAUUAUCUACACCAUUCUAAUGAUAGUCGGCAAGCUUCUUUGUGGUGCCUGGCUGGUCCCGUUUGGUAGUCCGCUUCAGUUCAUCACAAGGCUUGCCAGGCGCGUUCCCAUUUUCGACAAGCUUGUCUACAAACCUUCCUCACCAGGGUCCCAGUGUGCGAAUUCGGCCCAGACCACGGAUCAAGUCGCGACUACUCAGUCUGGAGACGGGAAUAACCAGGAUGGAGUGGACUUGAAUCCACUCCCUGACCGAGCAUCACAGCGCACAUCUGCCGAGACCCGGAAUUCAACGCCGAACCCAAAGCAACCAAAGUCUGUAUAUCCUGCAUGUAUUGUUGGACUGGGGAUGGUAGCCCGCGGCGAAAUUGGGUUUUUGGUUGCUGCCCUGGCAGAAAGCAAGGGCAUUUUUGGCCGUCCGUCCGGCUCCAGCCAACCGUCGGAGUUAUUCCUCGUUGUGACGUGGGCUAUUUCGCUUUGCACUGUGAUUGGGCCCAUCUGUGUUGGACUUCUCGUGAAUAGAGUGAAGCGCUUAGAAACGUUGAGCCGCCAAGGCUCGGCCGAGGGACGAGCAAAUGUGCUUGGUGCUUGGGGAGUUAUUUGA